CCCUAGAACAGACAAUUUCUGUGUGAAUCUCUGUUUUCAGCCACAUAAGUUUAUAGUAUAUAAAUUUAUUUAGUUCUAAUGAUUGGAAAGAGAGUUUAUUAAUUUUAUUAUAAUUUUUUUUUUUUUUUUUGUAAGUGUAUCAUAAAAAAAUACAAAGAUCACAAUGAAGUCGAAAAAUAUUUCACUUAUUGCUUUAUCUUUAUUCACAAUAUUCUUGUUAUUUGGCAAAAGCUAUGGAUUGGCUGUUAUGAGUGUUGAUAUUGGCAGUGAAUGGUUUAAAGUUGCUAUUGUCUCGCCUGGUGUGCCAAUGGAAAUAGCUCUAAAUAAAGAAUCAAAAAGAAAAACACCAGUUGCAAUUGCAUUUCGUAAUGAAGAACGAACAUUUGGAGAAGAUGCCCAAGUUGUUGGCGUACGAUUUCCCCAAUAUUGUUUCUCCUAUAUUCUUGAUUUAUUAGGAAAAACAAUUGACAAUCCAAUUGUGCAAUUGUACAAAAAACGUUUUCCAUAUCACAAUAUUGUCGAGGAUAAAGAGCGUAAUACAAUAAUGUUUCAAUUAAAUGAAAAUACAACAUACACGCCUGAGGAGCUUCUUGCACAAAUUUUUCAUCAUGCAAAAGAAAUGGCUGAAAAAUCAGCUGGACAGACAAUUAAGGAAGCAGUUAUUACUGUACCUGGUUUUUUCAAUCAAGCCGAAAGAAAAGCACUUUUAAAAUCAGCUGAACUCGCUGGUAUUAAAGUUCUUCAAUUAUUCAAUGAUUAUUCAGCUGUUGCAUUAAAUUAUGGUAUUUUUCAUAGUAAAAAUAUUAACGAUACAGCACAUUAUAUUAUGUUCUAUGAUAUGGGUGCAAGUACAACAACAGCAACAAUUGUUAGCUAUCAAAAUGUUAAGACAAAAGAGAGAGGAUUUUUAGAAACACAUCCACAAGUUAGUAUUGUGGGUGUUGGUUAUGAUCGUACACUUGGCGGUAUUGAACUUCAAAUAAGAUUACAAGAAUAUUUUGCAACUGAAUUUGAUGCUAUGAAAAAAACAUCAAAUUCAGUAUUUAAAAAUCCACGUGCAAUGGCUAAACUUUUUAAGGAAGCUGGCCGUGUAAAAUUAAUUCUCAGUGCAAAUUCGGAAUUUUAUGCACAAGUUGAAGGACUUAUUGAUGAUCAUGAUUUUAAAUUACUUGUGACAAGAGAGAAAUUAGAGGAAUUGUGCGCCGAUUUAUUUGAACGUGCUUUAAAUCCUAUUAAGGAUGCUUUAAAAUCAUCGGCUUUAACAAUGGAUUUGAUUACACAAGUGGUGCUUGUUGGUGCUGGUACUCGUGUACCAAAAAUUCAAGAUAUGCUCUCUGAAUUUGUAAAAAUUGAAUUGUCAAAAAAUAUCAAUACAGAUGAAGCAGCUACUUUAGGAGCAGUUUAUAAAGCCGCUGAUCUCAGUCAGGGUUUUAAAGUCAAAAAAUUCAUUUCUAAAGACGCUGUACUAUUUCCGAUACAAGUUGUUUUUGACAGGAACGCAAACAAUAAAGUGAAACAAGUGAAGAGAACAUUGUUUAAUAAAAUGAAUGCUUUUCCGCAAAAGAAAAUUCUCACAUUCAAUAAGCAUACUGAAGAUUUUGAAUUUAAUGUAAAUUAUGCUGAUUUAGAUCAUUUGCCAGCUGAAGAAAUAAAAGCUCUUGGUAAUUUAAAUAUAUCAGUUAUUAAAUUGAAAGGAGUUUCUCAAGCUUUAGAGAAACAUGCAAAAGAAACAGCUGAAAGUAAAGGAAUAAAAGCUCACUUUUCCUUGGAUGAAAGUGGAAUUCUUCAUUUAAUUAACACGGAAUUAGUGUCGGAGAAAACAAGCCUGGCUACUGAAGAAGAAGAAGGUACCUUCUCGAAAUUAGGUUCGACAAUCAGUAAAUUCUUUGGAGGUUCCGAAGAUAAAGAGACAGUGGAAAAAGUGGAAGAACCAUUGAAAGAAAAUAUAAAACCUGUGCACGAGGAACCUGAAUAUCCUGGAUUAAAGAAGGAAGCCGAUGAAAAGGAAAAGAAAAAAAAUGACACAAAACCAGCUGAAGAUAAAUCAACAAAUAAAACAGAAAAAGUUGACAAAGAAAAGAAACCCACAAUUAUUACAUUAAAGGAACCAAUCGAUACGGAGGAAAUUAAAUUUGGACCUUUGCCAUUAGAAGAAAAUCAAUUCAUCACGUCACUUGAAAAAAUAAAAGCAUUAAAUGAAUUUGACAAACAAAGAACAAGACGUGAAACAGCUUUAAAUAAUUUGGAAUCAUUUGUUAUUGAUGCACAACAACAUUUGGAAACUGAGGAAUAUAAAGCGGCAACAACACCUGAAGAUAGUGAAAAAAUUAUUAAAGCAGCUUCCGAAAUUUCUGAAUGGUUAUACGAAGAUGGAUUUGAUGCAACUGCAGAUGUUUAUGAAGAAAAAUUAGCAUCUCUAAAAGCAUUAACAAAUGAUUUAUAUGAAAGAGUUUUUGAACAUAGAGAGAGACCUGAAGUAAUUAAGGGAAUGAAAUCAAUGUUAAAUGGAAGUAGAGUAUUCUUACAUAACAUGCGCAAUUUGAAUAAAUCCAGUGAAAUUUUCACUGAAAUCGAAAUUGAAACGUUGGAUAAAGUCAUCAAUGAGACACAGGACUAUUUUGAUUUAGUAACACGUACAUUUGCCGAAACCCCUUUAAAUGCACCAGUUCCAUUUAAAGUACGUGACAUGGCUAAUAAAAUGGCACUACUCGAUCGUGAAGUAAAGUAUUUACUCAAUAAAGCAAAAAUUUGGAAACCUAAACAAGAACCAGUUGUCAAUGCAACUGACAGUACUAACGCAAAUAAUAAAACAAAAGAUUCCAAUUCUGAAUCACUUCCAGAAUCAGAUAAAAAAAAUAAGACUGAAGAAACAAAAACAAUUCCAGAGAAUAGUGAAAAAACCGAUUCAACAGAGUCGCAAGAAGAGAAAUUAGUUUUAGAAAGUAGCGACACAACAACGGAAGAAAAAAAGACGGAUGAAGAAGAAGAAACUAUACAUCAAGAACUCUAGUGAAUUGAUUAAAAAUUAUUUUCAAUAACAUCAAUGAAAAUUUAGUUAAAAGGAUAAUAUCGACAAUUUUUUUUUUUUACUCCCUAACAUCAUGGCUUUUAUUUUAUGUCGAGAAAUUUAGAUAACAAAAAAAAAAGAAAAACCGAUAAAAAAAUUAUUCAAAGAAAUGCAUUUAUGUACAAAACUUCAAUUUAUCUGUUUUUAUUGUCAUGAAGUUUUACAUUAUUUCACUUAAAUUCGUUAUACAAAUGAAAAAGGAACAAUUUGAAAACGAACAAGUGUGCAUUUUUUUUUUUUUUUAUCGGUUUUAUUUUAUUUAUAAGGUAAUAAAUAGUUAGAUUUUGCGAAUGUCUUUGAGUGCAGUUUUAGAGACUUUUAAUUUGAUAAUAAGUUUUUUUUUUAUAAUAAAUGAGAAUUGCAAUAUAUAACAUAUGUAAAUUAAUUACUAAAGAGAGGAAAUUUUAUAUAUAUGCAAAUAUUGCUUUUGAUUUCAGUAAUGCUAAUAAUAAUAAUAAUAAUAAUAUUAAGAAAAUAUUUAAGAUCAAUUGACAUUAUUUCUUUAUUUAAUGCUACUUUAUUAGAUUUACUCGAAAAGUAUUAUAAAUUAGUACCUAACAAAUAAAAAAUAAAGAAUUAAAAUCAAUCGAUCUUAAAAAAAAGAACAAUCAAAUGUAAUCGAUGCAAUCACGUUUGAAUUAAUCAAUAUUGUGAUUUUUAAAAUCAAGACAAAA